AUGGCUUCCAUCACUGAGGUUAUCCCCCACAAUGCCUUCGACACCAUCCUGGUGCUGGACAAUGGGUCGCAAUACACCCACCUGAUUACCCGCCGGCUGCGCGAGAUCAACGUCUACUCCGAGAUGCUUCCGUGCACGCAGAAGCUGUCCGAUCUGGGCUGGAACCCCAAGGGAAUCAUUCUCUCCGGUAGUCCCUACUCGGUGUACGAGAAAGACGCCCCGCACAUCGAUCCCGCCUUUUUCGAUCUCGGUGUCCCCAUUCUGGGCAUCUGCUACGGUCUCCAGGAGAUUGCCCACCGUCUGCAUGCGGACAAUGUCGUUGCCGGCACCGCUCGGGAGUACGGCCAUGCCGAUCUGAAGGCUACCCGCUUCGGUGGACAUGUGGAUAAAUUGUUCGAGGGUCUGGAGGAUGCGAUGACCGUGUGGAUGUCGCAUGGUGAUAAGCUGUCCAAUCUGCCUGAGGGAUUCCAUACCAUUGGUACCACUCAGAACUCGGAGUAUGCUGCCAUUGCGCACAAGACGGAGCCUGUGUAUGGCAUCCAGUUCCACCCGGAGGUUACUCGUGAGUUCUCCGAUGAUCGAAUAGAGGAGUCUUCUACUGACACUAUUCUAGACACCCCGGAUGGUGGCCGUCUUCUCAAGAACUUCGCUGUUGGGAUCUGCGGUGCCAAGCAGAGCUGGUCGAUGGCCGAGUUCAUCGGUCAAGAGAUCACGCGGAUCCGCAACCUCGUCGGCCCCGAGGGCCAGGUCCUCGGCGCUGUCAGCGGUGGUGUCGACUCUACCGUGGCCGCCAAGCUGAUGACCGAGGCCAUUGGUGAUCGCUUCCACGCCGUCCUCGUCGACAACGGCUGCAUGCGUCUGAACGAGUGCGAGAAAGUCAAGGAGGUUCUGCAGGAGCAGCUUGGCAUUAACCUUACUGUUGUUGAUGCCGGAGAGGAGUUUCUGGCUGGCCUGAAGGGCGUUAACGACCCAGAGAAGAAGCGCAAGUUCAUUGGCGGCAAGUUCAUUGAUGUCUUUGAGGAUGAGGCCAAGAAGGUCGAGGCACAGAAUGCUGGCAAGGUCGAGUGGUUCUUGCAGGGGACGCUGUACCCAGAUGUUAUUGAGAGCAUCUCGUUCAAGGGCCCGUCGCAGACGAUCAAGACCCACCACAACGUGGGCGGCAUCGCCGAGCGCCUGAUGGCUGGCCAUGGUCUGAAGCUGAUCGAGCCCCUUCGCGAGCUAUUCAAGGAUGAGGUGCGUGAGCUGGGUCGCCAGCUCGGCAUCUCCGCCGAGCUAGUUGGCCGACACCCCUUCCCCGGCCCCGGCCUCGCCAUCCGUGUCCUCGGCGAAGUCACCAAAGAAAAGGUCGACAUGGCCCGCAAAGCCGACCACAUUUUCAUCUCGAUGAUCCGCGAAGCCGGCCUGUACGACGACAUUGGCCAGGCUUACGCCGCGCUGGACCCCUCGCGCGCCGUCGGUGUCAUGGGCGACAAGCGCGUCUACGCCAACAUCAUCCUCCUCCGCGCCAUCUCGACCAAGGAUUUCAUGACUGCUAUGCCUUACCCCUUCAGCUAUGAGUUCCUGACCAAGGUGUCGACCCGCAUCGUUAACGAGGUGGAGGGUGUUUGCCGCGUUGCGUAUGACUUCACUAGCAAGCCGCCAGGCACGAUUGAGAUGGAGUAG